AUGAAAGAGAAGGAUGUACAGCACAUGCGAAAGCUGGUAGUGCUAUCAUUAUGGCUCUUAAUCCCUCAAACUUACUUCCAACCCGACGAAUUUUAUCAAGCUCUCGAACCUGCUCAUCAUCACGUAUUCGGGUACGGUCAUCUCACUUGGGAAUGGCGUGAUCUACCAAGUAGUUCACAAGGUAGCUGGUGGGGAGAUGUAGUGGAAGGAGGUAGGAUGAGAAGCUGGUUCUGGCCGAGUCUCUUCGUGGGGGUAUAUCAAUUAUUGAGGUUUUGUAAGCUUGACGAUACAUUCCUCUUGGUGGUAGCACCUCGAAUCAUCGGUGUGUUCGUAGCUGCUAUGACUGAUUGGUAUACCUACCGUCUUUCGUCCAAGCUCAUAGGUGAAGGAUCUGCUGCAGGUGCACUCUUUCUUUCCCUUACAUCCCUCUUCAACGCCCAUUUGCUCCCGAGGGCACUAUCGACUUCACCAGAGACAAUGCUCACCACGAUGGCUCUGACAUACUUUCCCUUACCUCCUCCGGAAGUACCAUCUCAUGUGCCUGUCGAUCAAGUAGGCUCGGAGAAUCGACAGAACGAGAAAGUUCCCAUAUCGUCACUGGACGGAACAGCUGGAAAUAUCGUUCCAAGUAACAUCGAGAAACCGCAGGAGAAACAGGCGAAUAAGCAUGUUGAAGAGUUGAACUACAUCCGAUUUCUGUGUCUGCCCCAUGUGACUGACGUGUACAGACCCAAAGACUCGCUGAUUUUGAGUGUUGCACUUGCAACCACGGCGAUAUGUAUCCGGCCGACUACGCUUCCUUUCUGGGCUUAUAUGGGGGUAGAGCUCCUCGCUCGUCAGUACAAGUAUCAUGGUGUACUUUCCUCUUUGGGCACGAUGGUGACCAGCGCUAUAACGGUGCUCAUGGUUUUGGCAGCGUCAACAGCAAUUGACUACCACUUCACAGGACGAUUAGUCUUUCCCAUUUUAACUUUCUUUCACCGAAACAUCUUCCUCGACAUUUCUUCAUUCUACGGCUCGACCACCCCUUUCUAUCAUCUUACACAAUCAAUACCCAUUAUGCUAUUUCCCACUCUCCCAUGGGUCAUUCCCGGCUUCAUCUCCUGUUUGUUCCCUUCUUCCCACCUACCUUCUUUCCUGAUAAAACUCGAUCGUCCGCCAGGACUACGGAUACUAGCACGAAGUAUCACCUUCUCAAUCACCAUUCUAUCUCUUUCUCCGCACUCUGAAUGGAGAUUUCUGCACCCUUUCCUCCCGCCCCUUCUUCUCUUUGCCAUUGCUCCUCUCGUCAAAGGUUACAUACCCAACUUUGGAGGAUGCUACCAUUUUCGCCAAAGUAUCAGACAAUAUUGUCGGUUUCCAAAAAUACCCUUUUACGUCAUAUUACUCUUGCCUAUCCUGCCAUUUGCAUAUCUGAACCUUUUUCAUGGAAGGGCUCAAGUGGAAGUGAUGAAUGUCCUUCGCACGGGCAAGGUGGGACAGGUGACCGGGGUGGUAGGAUUGAUGCCUUGUCAUUCUACACCAUGGAUGAGUCAUUUACAUCGUAAUGUUCCAGCUUGGUUUCUGACUUGCGAGCCACCUCUACGUGAGGAUCAUUCCCAUAUCACACAGCAGCAAGUGUUUUAUUGGGGUCCCAUCACAUACCUUGAAAACGUCUUCCCACAUUCACCGAUAUCCACUCCUCAUACGUCUCCUCGAGGUUCUAUCCCUCACUUCGACACAACCGCACUGUCGCACAUCAUCCUCUUCGGCGAGUUACUUGAAAGGCGUGACUCGUCACAGCAGGAUGAUCGAACAGUGCGAGAGACAUUGGUACGAAUGGGGUAUGAAGAAGUGUGGCAGAUGUGGAACGGGUUCGAUUUACUCCAGGAUGAACCUGAGCGCAGAGGGGGAGUGCGGAUCUGGAGAAGGAUGGUAUAAUCUUUUGUCAGGAAAUGAAAGUGAUAGAAUCAUAGCAUGCUCAUUUUAUUUCUGCAUAGGAUCGUGUGU